AUGCCUACUGAGAAGAGAAUUAACGAAGAGCCAGAAUCUGUGGAUUCCAAGAAACCAAAGCAUGAUCAUUUUGCCAAGGGGAUCGCGCCAAUCAAGCCAGAGUUUAUUGUUGAGAAUGCCCCAGUGAACGAUGACGUUUACAAUGAUGAUGAAGCUGAAGGUGGAGACCGUCAAGAGGCUGCACCUGCGGCAAACGGUAAGGGACGUAAGAAGAGGGGCCAGAAUAAGAACAGAGAUUUGAGACAACAACAUGAGGAAGUUAGACUUUGUUCAACAUUGGUAGAUCCAGAAUCAGGAAGAGAAUGUAAAUUUGGUCCUGAUAAUUGUAGAAGUACUCACAAUGUGGAAGAAUACUUGGAAAACAAGGCUGAAGAUAUUGAUGGAGUCUGUCCAGUUUUCAGUGCUAUUGGCUAUUGUCCACUGGGAUUGAAAUGUAGAUGGUUAGGAUCUCAUUACAAUAAGGAAACCAAGAAGUUAAUUAAAGAUCUUGUUAAACAAGAGGAAUCUAAAGAAACAAACUGUGAAGUUAACAAGAUUACCAACGAAGCCAAGAUUUUACUUCAAAAAAAGAAAUAUGUAUUUGAAACUGCCUCUAAAUAUAUUCCUUAUUUGGAUAGUAUGGUUCAAAAUGAAGAAAAUUUGGCCAAACAAGAGGCUAACAAGGAUAACCAAGCUGCAUACAUUGAAGCCCCAUUCAAGGUAUCUGAAAAGAAGAAAUUGAACUUGAAAGGUGCUAAAAUCGUAUCUCCAUUAACCACUGUUGGUAACUUGCCAUAUAGAAGACUUAUGAAGACUCUUGGAGCCGAUGUCACUUAUUCUGAAAUGGCACUUGCCUUACCAUUAUUGCAAGCCACCAACGCUGAAUGGGCUUUACCAAAGGCCCAUAGAUCUGAAUAUCCAGGUUUUGGGGUUCAAAUCGCCACUUCUAAACAUUGGGCUGCUGCCAAGGCUGCUGAAGCAAUCUAUCGUGAAACUACAAAUGUUAGUGAAUUGAACUUGAACUGUGGAUGUCCAAUUGAUCUCUUAUAUAGACAAGGUCAAGGUUCAGCCUUGAUGGAACAACCAGCAAGACUCAUGAGAAUCUUAAAGGGUAUGAAUGCAUGUUCUGGUGAUAUUCCAGUGACUGUAAAAAUCAGAACUGGUACUAAGGAUGGUCACAACAACGCAAAACAAUUAGUUGGAAGAAUUUUAGCUGAAAACACCGUUGCAGCUAUCACCCUUCAUGGAAGAACUAGACAACAAAGAUAUACCAAGGAAGCUGAUUGGGGUUAUAUUGGGGAAGUUGCCAAGGUUGUUGAAGAUUGGAACCAUGCCAAGGAGGAAGAUAAGGAUGUUAGUGAUACACCAGCCACUCAAUUUGUUGGUAAUGGUGAUGUUUAUUCUUUUGAAGAUUGGCACAAUGCUGUUAGUAUUCCAGGAGUUGAUUCUGUCAUGGUUGCUAGAGGUGCCCUUAUCAAGCCAUGGAUUUUCGAAGAAGUUGAAGCUCAACAAUAUCUUGACAAAUCUGCUAGUGAAAGAUUAGAUAUGUUACAAACAUUUGCCAACUUUGCCAUUGAACAUUGGGGAUCUGAUGAAUAUGGUGUUGGAUUAGCCAGAAGAUUUAUGUGUGAAUUCAUCAGUUUCACCCAUAGAUAUAUCCCAGUUGGUAUUUUAGAAAGACUUCCAGCCAAGUUAAACCAACGUCCACCAGCUUGGAAGGGUAGAAAUGAAAUGGAAACCUUGUUGGGAUCCACCGAUUAUAAAGAUUGGAUUAAGAUCACAGAAAUGUUCUUGGGUAAGGCCAGUAGUAAUUUCGUAUUUACUCCAAAGCACAAGAGUAAUUCUAAUUAG